AUGAUCAAUGAAGAGGUUGUGACACAGAUGGAGAUCCACUUCCAGCGACGGCAAAAUGGAAUGUUCCGUUAUGUGUGGUGGGCUCAAGAUGGUGCACCUGCACAUCGUCUCAUCGCUGUUCGAAAUCGCCUCCACGAACCUAUUCACGAACGCGUGAUUGCUUUGAACUACCCCGUUGAAUGGCCCCCGAGGUCACCAGACCAUACCCCCUGCGACUUCUUUUUGUGGGGUCAUCUGAAGAACAAAGUUUUCAGCACCCCUCUCCACAACAUGCAGGAUUUGCGUAAAAUGAUUCAUCGUGAGGUGGACAGUUUGCGACAAAAUCCACGUACUGUGAGACGAGCUGUGGACGACAUGCGCCGUCGGUGUCAACUGUGCUUGGAGAGGGGAGGUGGACAUGUGGAUGGUCUUGGCCAAUGA